AUGUACGGAUCGGCCUCACUUUGUUCCUUAUUUCCAAAGGCCAAAAAGGCCUCUUUAUUCCUUAAAAUGCUCCCCUCAGAGCUGCUGCUGGUGGCGGGUUACUCCUUCGGCGAGGCCGCUCUGGUGGCGCCACGUCAGCCCCGCAGUCGUACAGUGGCCGACACCAGCCACGCCCUCGAGGCUGUCCUGGCUGCGUGCUGUCUGGGAGUGCUGCGUCAUCCCCCUGGCUCGCGAUCCCCCGAGGAGGUCGACAUGCUGACGGAGUUCAUGAAGAGCAUGGAGUUUACCCCACCUCACCUCACCUCACCUCACCUCACCUCACCUCACCUCACCUCACCUCACCUCACCUCACCUCACCUCACCUCACCUCACCUCACCUCACCUCACCUCACCCCUCACCUCACCUCAUUCCACACCACCAUUUCGCCUGGGCCCUGCUACCUGCUACUGCUGCAGGCGUUUCAGAAGCUGCCCCCAGAUAUGGUAUGGCGCCUGGCUUCAGACUGCUCACAUGUACGACUGCCGCCAGGCCGCGUUCUCUUCGAGGAGGACGCUCCAGGGAACUGCAUGUACGUUGUGGUUUCGGGGCAGUGCCAGGUUCGAGCCCGACCGCUGGCAUUACGGCAAAAGACCGCGUCUGGCGGAGGUCGCGGACUGAUGAGACCGGGGUCGCUGGGAAUCGGUUUGACCAUGACGCCGCGGCGGCUGCAUGUGACUGGCGUCACCGGCGGCGGCGGUGGCGGGGGUAGCCGAAUGUUGGAGACGACGCCGCGGUCGUUGGUGUCGUUCACGUCGACAUCAAACGCGGGCGCAGCGACGGAGGCGGCGGCGGGGCCGGCGGCGGCCGCGCCGCCGCCGCCGCCCGCUGGCGGCAGUGUCGUACGAUAUCGAGCAGACGGCAAGGUCGCGACGGUGAUGACAUUGCCGGGGGACGCGCGGCGGCGGCGGCAGACGAAUGGCAGUAGCGGCGCAACAAGUACUGCUGGCGGCGGCGGCGGCGGUGGUGCUGGCGGAAGCGGCGGCGGUGAAGACGACCUGACGGACGAGGAACAGCAGCAACAACGGCGGGCCCGUGUCAGCGCGCCACCGGCGGCGGCGGCGGCCGGCAGCACUGGCGGCGGUGCGACGGGCAACAAAGACAGCCCUUUUUGGAUAGCCCGCUAUAUGGAGGAUACGUUGAAGAGGCUUCACCUGUCCGACAGUACGGCAGGCCUGGGGCAGCAAAUGACGCCGCUGGCGGCGGUGGCAGCGGCCAAGUGGCGGCAAGCGACUUCCGGCCGCCGCACCGGCGACAGUACGGCAGUCGCUUUGGAAGACCCCGCUAAGCGACUCCUUUCCAAAAUAGGCAGUCGCGACCCAGCCAACGUCAGCCGUACUCUAUUGGCGGAGCUCGUCCAGCGCGCUGACGUGGGUGUCGUACUGUACGAAGUCGCGAAGAAGCUAGUGAAACGCGGCGGCGGCCCACGCCGCAUCAAUCACACAACGUCCCAGCGGAUCAAUCGUGUACUGCACCACCAGAUUCGCGCCGGACCAGAUCAGUUGCUCCAGGGGACCCUCCAGGGCCAGAAGGUUCUCGGCCGCCAUUCCAACCUGGCACCUUCCCGUACAUCUUCCUUAUGGACCAAGGGCCUUGCGGCUGCCGUACUGGUUUCGGCGCAUCCUCCUCAUCAUCAAAACACCAGCCAGCACCACCACCAUCACCCCCUCCGGCCGGCAAGCCGCCAGGGCGUCGCGCUGGUAACGGUGCCGCCACCGCCGCAGCUGGCGGUCAGCCACACUUGGGGCGAGUUUCCUUCCGUACAGGCAAAUCCCCGCUCCUCUCACAACCUCGCACCGGGCACCCGCCCCGGCAGCGCCCUCACCUCCGCCGUCUCGGGUUACGCGGACGUGGAUGUGGAGGUUGGUGAUGACGUGUCGGAAGUAGACUGGAACGGCAGUGAGCUGUACAGCCUGGCGUCGUACAAGCCCGAGCAUCUCAGCCAAGCGGAGUUGGAGUCAGUGUACGGCCCGGUCAUCCGUACAAUUACUCCCGCAGCUUCCCGAGCCGCCACUUCCUCCGUCGGCAUCUCCCACACCACCACCACGCCCAUCUCCCCCGCCCCCACGGUGAACCUCCAUGACACCGACCAGCCAGUGGACCUCAUCUGCAUUACCCGCAACACCUACAACUAUACGGUGCGAGCCAGCCAGGUGACUCAGCUGCAGAGCCUGUUGACCUUCCUGGCACGUCUGUCUCCCUUCCGCGGGCUGGACGAUCAGCAGCGGGCCAGUCUGGCGGUGUUUUGCCGCCCCUUGGAGGUGGCUCCAGGGGCGGUGCUGGCGGUGCAGGGAGAACCCGCAGACACGCUCUGGAUGGUUCAAGAGGGCGAGGUAAUGCUGCUAGACAGUACGGCAGCGCUGGUGGAGCCCAUUUUGUCCCGCCCUGGAGCCUUGCGAUCGCCGCUACUGCGGUACAAAAGCCAGCCGACAAUGGCCGUCGGUGGCGGCGGCGGCGGCGGCGGCGGCGGCGGCGGUGCCGACGGCCCCGACGGUGGCGGCGCCGGCGGCCGCAGGUUGCUGCGGCAGCUGUCGGUUCCGGAGGGUACCGGCGUCGGUACGGCACGCGGCCUGCGCCCUGUCGUACCCGGCUUGCGGAAGCCAGCGGUGGCAGCGGUAGCAGCAGCGGCGGUGCAGCCGCCUCCGCUACAGGAUGACGAUGCUCCCAGGACUCGUAAGGCCCGCGGGCGCGGACCCGCGCCUGUCGUACCACCGCCGUACCCUUGCACUGUUAUUGCUCGCCGCGCCACACGCCUGUUGACCAUCUCCGCGAGCGACCUGUCACGAUUCCUUGACGUCGUCGCCGCGCCGCUGGCGGAGCUGGCGGCGGCGCGCUCCGAGUUCCUUGCGUCACGCGUCGCCUCCGUCAGCGCCGCCAAAGAUGCGGUUUCGGAGCGUGUCGGUACCAUGCGACGCACGCUACGGAUGAUGCGAGCCGCGGAGGACGCGGCGGAUUCCAAUCCAGGCUUGGCGGUGGACCUUCGGAAGGCGGCAGCGGCGGCGGCGGCUGAAGCCGCGGCGGCGGCGGCCCCGGCGGCGGUGCCGGCGGCCCCGGCGCCGGCGUCCCGGGGCGCCAGCAUUUCCGUCAACUCUUCAGCGUCCACCGCUUCGCAAGGAGCGUCACAGGGUGCGAGAUCUGCGGCUGCGGCGGCGGCGGCGCCGCCAUCGCCGCCGCUGCUACCUCCGGCAGCGCCGCCGGCGCCUGGCCGUACGGCAAGCCUUGACGGCGGCGUGCUACGGCUGACGGGCGCCACACGCACCGUUCGAGAUCUCGCGGUCGCCUGGGUCGGCGGGACCGGCGGCGCCGCCGGCACCGGCAGCGGCAGAUACAGCUUCAGUGGUGGCAGUAGCGGUACGGUACUUAGCGUGUCGGGAAGGAAGAGUAUGCAGCUAUUGCCAGGGGCGCUGUUGCGGCGGCUCCAGAUGGGGCCAACAAAUCCAGUUGCUACAGCUGUUGCUACAGCCGCCGCCGUAGCCGACGCGCUGCGAACCAGCGGGAUUAGCACCAGGCCGGAGCAGCCGCACGCCGCCGGCAGCCGGCUGGCGGCGCUGCUGUACGACAACACGCCGCGGUUGCCCGAGCCGCGGCCGCCAAUGGACGAACCUAGCGGUUACGCACCUGAGGAGCCGUACGGUUGGGAGGAGCCGCAGUACGAACUAGGCGGCCUUGGCGUCAGCGUCAGCGGCGGUGUCGGCCCUCUAAGAACCAUCGAAAGCUUCGGCGGCGUCGGUGCCGCCGCCGGCGGCAUGCGGUGCUUGUCCACUAUAACGGAGGAGAGCAGUGGCGGCCUUCUAAGAACCAUCGGCUCGUCUCAAGAGAAGCCCUGUGACCCACGGGUCACUGCUGGUCUGCCGACUGACAUUUCUAACCCAGAAGGCACCGCUGCUACUGUUCCCGUUGAUGCUGCUACAGCCCCGUGGAUCACCGCUGCUGACCCACGGGUCACUGGUGCUGAUCCGGGCGCAGUUGACGAUGAACACUCAGCAAUGGCUGGCGACCCGUGGUUCGGAUCUGACCCAUGGGUCGGAGCUCCUGGGGCAUCCCGCAUUAGCACCCAGCGCACUAGUAUCGCCGCUAGUAGCCAUGGCGGUGGAAGCGGCGUCACGAGCGAUGAAGAGGAAGAAGUGGACGGGUACGAGGGGGGGAAUGAGGAGCACCAGCGGCAGAGGCAUUUGUUUGAGGUUGUGUCGGCGGUGGAUCCAUUGUACGACAGUCUGGGUACGGUAGAGGAGGGCGAUGAGGAGGCAGCGUUGGCACAGCGGUCGGAUGAGGAGGAAGAUCAGGCGGCGGCGGCGGAGGAGGAGGACUGGGAGCCAGGGGUGACGGCGGCGCCGCCGGCGGCGGCGGAGGACCGGGUAUCGUACGCUGUACGGAGCAGUCGGCCGCAGCUGCCGCAGCUGCGGUUGCCAAUACAAAUGAUUUUGAGUCCUGUUUGCAGCAGCCGUCCGUCGACGUCGGGAUCCCCGGGAAGAGCUUCGUUACCGCAGCUGCCGUCGCUUCGGCCGUCGUCCGCGACCCCACUGGCUUCCACGAGCCGUCGCCGGGCACAUUCCAGCUGCGGACUGCCCUCCCUGGAAUCAGGACCCUCGUCGCGCGUCGCCGGCGACUUCUUCCCGCCGCUGCUUCUACCCCGGCCGCCGCCCCGGCGGCCAAGCCUUACGCCUGUCGUACGUCAUCCCCGUGGGAGCGGCGGCACGCCCAACGCGUCAUCCUCCACCGUACAGUCGUACUUAACCGACAUCAGUCUGGCUGCUAGUACGGGCAUCUCCGCUGCCGCCGCCGUGGCGGCGGCGGCGGCGGCCGCCGCCGCUGCCGGCGUCAGCGCGCGCCGUCGGCCGCACUCCGCGAGCGACGCAGUCGGUUCUGGGCGAGUCGUACAAGUCGGCGACGGAAGCGCCGGCAGCGACGGCUCUAGAUCGGCUUCUGAUUCUUUCCUCAUUUACACAGAUGACGGCUCUGUGAGCCCCGAUCUCACGCACGUGGGAUUUGAGUUCCCAGGCGGCGGCAAGCGCGGCGGCGGAUGGGCCCCGAGCCGGGUCUCCGCCGGCCGCGUGGACGACGGCGGGCUGAGGACGCCGUAUAUCAGCCCGCAGUCACGCAGCCCCAGACCGCCGUCACGCAGCCCCACUGGGGCGUCCCACACCACCCGCAUUUCCGACGGCCUCACGCCCCUGUCGGGUUUUGCCUCCUUCGCUACGUCUUCGUCAUUACAUCUUGUGCCUGCUACAACUACUACUACCACCACCGCUGCAGCCGUCGUACCGCCAUUGUAUGCCGUACAUGGAUCUGUAUCUAGGUCUGGAUCUGUAUCAAGAUCUGGAUCUGUAUCUAGGUCUUCGUCUGACGAUGGCAGUGGCACCGGAAGUGGAGAGGUCGUCAUGGAGGCGCAUGGAGCGUCCCUGGACCGUCUGGUGGCUGGCCGCCCGCCGCGACCGUUGGCGCGUACGACAACUACCACCGCCGUUGCCGCCAGUGGCGGCAACGCUCACUUUGUUGGCGGCGGCGGUAGCGGCCGCAGCAGCUCAAGCAAUAGCUCAAGCAACAGCGUCGUACGAAUGCCUGUCAGCCACCCAAGGCUGCCGCUGGCGGGGCACACGGUGGAUUCCGACGCGUCGGCGCUGUCGUUGGCGUCGUACGUGUCGUCAUCGGCGGCGGCGGCGGCGGCAAGCACCGCCGGCGCCGGAGCCCCGCCACAAGCCUCCGCGCUUCUUUCCGACAUGGCUGAUCUGGCCGCAGCCGCCGCCGCCGCCGCCGCGGGACCGGCCCUUCCCUGGAGUUACGUGGAUGGCCAGAUGCGGCGGCCGCCGUCAGCAUCGGCGUCCAGUACGGACCUUUCCAAUCAGCGAUCGCCGCCGCUGCUGUCGCCGCCACCGCCUAUCGUACCACCGCUGGCGCUGGCGGCGGCGCUUCGACGGCACUUGGUGGAGAGUGAGGGCGGCGGCGGCGGCCGCGGCAGCGGCAGCGACGGUGGAGCGUCGGCACGGUCGUGCAGCCCAUGCGCCGCACUUACUGAUAGCCCGCUGCGCCCGCGGCGGCACACCGUCGGCUUGAUCGACUCACCCAUACACAGUCCUCGGCUGUUGUCCCAAGUCUAUUGA